UUUACCUUUUUAUUUGAAACCUCCUCACCGGCAAACUUACAAUAAUAAUGAUCAUCACAGAUUCGACAGACAAUUGAGGCUUUGGCAGAACUUUGGCCAAAAGCGGAUUGAAAAAGGAAUUGUAAAAAUCUGCGAUUGUUCAGCUAUGUCGGCUCAAAUUGCCAAGAAUUUGGUGCUAUCAGGGAUAAAGACUGUUGAGAUCUAUGAUACCAAAGUAGUCCGUCAAUCAGACAUAGGAAACCAUUUUUUCUUGGAUCAAUCAAGCUUAGGUAAGAAUCAAUCGAAAGAGUGUUCCAGAUUGCUUGACAAAAUAUCACCAACUAAGUAUGGACCCGUUAACUACGAGGAUGAUGACAUGCUGGGCGAGGAAUACUACGAUGGAUUUGACGAUUUACACGGCUUCUGGGAAUGGAAUACGCAUAUCUGCGCCCGAUUGAUAGCCCGCGAUGAACGCUUUACAAGUCAAUACUGCUGGGACUUCCAUGUGCCCACCAUAUCGGUUCAGACAUGCGGCUUGGCGGCCAGAAUUGAGGUCCACAUUCGAGAGCAUAAUAUGAUCCCAUCCCACCCAGCCUCUCCUGCCAAUUUGAGAUUAGAUUGUCCCUUUCUUGCCUUAUCCGAAUACGUCGAUUCGUUUGAGAUGGACAAGAUUAGCAAUCAUGAGCAUGCUCACAUCCCGGCCGUGGUGAUCAUCAUCCGCUUCUUACAAAUUGUCAAAUCUAAGCACGGCGGAAAUUUACCUAAAGACUCAGCUCAACGAGAGGAAUUAAAGCAGAUGAUCUUGGCCGAAAAGAGGAAUGCGGAUGAAGAUAACUUUGACGAAGCGGUGAGCAUGAUUUGGAAUGCCUGUCAACCAACCAAAGUGCCCGAACACGUAGAAGAAUUGUUCAAAAAUCCGCAUUGCGAUAAGAUACCCUGGCAUGACGGAAGGUUUUGGUCACUAGUGAAAAUCUUACGAAAGUUCGUUAAAAUGAAUCCCAGCCGUCAACUGCCCUUGUCUGGAGUGCUUCCAGACAUGAAAUCGGAUACGAAAAACUAUGUCAAACUCCAAUCAAUCUAUCGUCAACAAGCCUUGAAAGACUUGGAAACAUUCAAGAAAAUCAUGAAGGGCACUGAAGAAUCGACCGGAGAAGAAUCUGGAGAGGAUGAAGCGGGCAAGGAAGAGAAGGAGGAGGAGGAGGAGGGGCAUGCGGAGUAUUGCACCGAUAUGGGACAUCAUACCGAUGGACCCGAUUUCGACGUUUCUUCUGAAAUGCUCGAAACCUUCGUCAAGAAUUCCGCCCACAUCCGUAUGAUCCGGGGAGCAGAAUACGGUACAACGCCCAAAGACUGGGUUGCUAAGUUUGAGAAGGAGUGCAAGCCGGGGAACGAAGAAUAUGUUGUUACUUGGUACUUAGCAUUCGAAGCGAUGUCCGUUUACAGGUCGGAGAACGAGGGUGAAUAUCCUGGGAUGCGUAAGGGACAAGAAGAUGAAGACUUUGCUACACUUUCUAAGAUCGCCCUCGACCGUUUAACCGGAUCCAAAUUGCAUCACGAAACGGAGAAAAAGCUUCCUGAAAAACUUGAAAAGGUUUUGAAAGAAAUGGUGAGAUCGGCCGGAUGCGAAUUACCACAUAUCUCAAGCAUAGUGGGAGGAUUAGUUUCUCAAGAAGUGAUCAAACAUUUAACAAGACAAUACGUGCCAAUGAAUGGGAUUUGUAUCUUUGAUGGGUAUAGAUCUACUACUGGAGUCCUUGAGUUCUAAGUAAAAUAAAUAA